UGUAAACGUAGAGGGCUAGCUCACCCCAUACACUCAGCUAGGGAUGUUUUACUAACUACUUUAUAAACAGAGGACAACACAAACAUUGACACAAGUGCUGUAACUCUCUUAACUUUGACUAAACGACUCGAAGAGAAACUGUAAGACUCGAUCGAGAUGGUUGUCCUGUCACUGACGGUACUAGUAGGAUUUAUAGGAAGUCUGACUUCAGCCGACAACGCUGAUGCCAUAGAUAAAGAAGACCAGCUGCGUAGCCGCCUGAGAGAGUAUGGCCUCAUCACCCCCAUCAGCACCGACUCCCAUGGUCACUUCCUGUCCCACCUGCUCUCUGCCAAUCACAAGCAGCGGGUGAAGAGGGAGGUGGGGACAGAGGGCUCAGAGCAGGCCAGUGAUAGGCUGUUCUUCAACAUCACGGUAUUCGGCAGGGAGUUCCACCUGAGGCUCCGUCCCAACGACCGCCUGGUGUCUCCUGGGGCCAUGGUGGAGUGGCACGACCAGGUCCUUGAACCAGGCAACGCCAGCAGCAGCAGUACUAUCACUAGUAAUACCAGCGGUAGCAGUGGUACUAUCCGUGUUGGUGGAGAGAAUGGGAGUGAGUCGACCAGCGGUGGAACAGAGAGGAUUCUCAGGAGGAGGCUGCUGAAAACAGACUGCACCUUUAUCGGUGACAUCACUGACGUAAAGGGAGCCUCCGUCGCCAUUAACAACUGUGAUGGACUG